CUCCAGUCACCUCACAGCAGAGCGGCAGUGAGCCGACACUGCUCAGACACACACACACACACACACACACUGAUCCACAUGAACAUGUUCGGGAGGAAACCUGACGACGGAUAAGAGGUUCCGACAGCCUCACAGGACAGUGAGAGGCUGACGCGAUGCUGGGAUGAGACGUGUUGGGUGAACUAGCAGCUUAAGAGACAUAUAAGAAGGCAGUUACUGAUGACUCAUAGUGACAAUGUCUCAGACACGGUCCAUCCUCACUGUUGUCACUGUGCUGCUGCUGGCCGUGCAGCUCUGCAGAGGUGACACAUCCUGCACCAUCUCGUCCAGCGCCGGAUCCAUGGUGCAGCGAGGCUCCAGUUUUAACGUGUCCUGCACCUUCAACUGCGUGUGCAAGGGAUCCAUGUCCAGCAACCAUCCGCCCACACCACAGAAGCACAUCAAGUUUAAUGAUACAACUAUAUAUUACAAUGUGGUAGACAUAAGCCAGAACCGAACGUUCAGCUGCCAUUGUACCUGUUCUGCGGCACUGGACCCCUGCGGACUGGACAUCUCAGCUGGAUACCCACCGGAUCGGCCUACAAACAUUUCAUGCAUCUACAAGGUCAAAAGUAAGAUAAGUGGCGUCGUGAUCUGCACUUGGAACCGAGGACGAGACACUUUUCUGUGGACUACUUCAGAGCUGUGGGUGAGAACUGGAUCUGGGAACCACACAGUCAAGCCAGUGACCUACAAUGUCACCAGUAAUGGAAGUGAUUCAUCGUCAGCUAGUUUAACUGUUUCCAGCUCUGUUGAGGUCAUCGCUGUGUGGGUCAAAGUGCGAAAUGGCCUGGGCUCUGCAGUGUCCGUCACCCAAAACUACACACUCAGUGACAUCGCGAUGCCAUCGACCCCUGAGCUUGGCCGUCCCGACUGCUCUUCCCGAGAGUGCAGCAUCCGCGUGAAGCAGUCUGUGAAGACUCAACAUCUGGAGAUCCAGUACGGAGCAGAAGCACAAGCGUGGACAUCUCAUCCAAACUCAAGCUCUGCUCAGGUCCAGACCAUCUCCUCUCUGGAGCCCUACAGGUUGUACUACUUCAGAGCCAGAUCCAAAUUCAGCAGCGGCCUGUGGAGUCAGUGGAGCUCCAACAUUAGCAGCUGGACUCAAGAGGAGGCGCCUGCCAAAGUGCUGGACGUGUGGUACGCCGAGCCGGCCUCUGACUUCGAAUCCCUGACAGUUUAUUGGAAGGAGGUGGACAUUUCCAUCGCCAGGGGGAAUAUCAUAGGCUACAGGGUCAGCGUUCACAGCCAGAACUCUGGAUUCAUCUUCAGCGCUGACGUUAAUGCAGAUGCCAGGAGUUACACGGUCCAGUUCUGCGCCGACUGUGAGGUCACGGUGUCGGCUCGCAACUCCAAGGGGAUGUCCCCUCCUGCCAGAAUCACAAACCAAAACAGAAACGUCAACCCCCUGAAGGUAGAGCACAACGCUGCAGGUAACCACAGUGUCGCCAUCUCCUGGAGGAACCGUGGAACUGCACAUGCAGCCUAUGUGGUGGAGUGGUACCCUCAGGGCCAUAAGAUGGAGGAGCUCCGAUGGGUCAGGCUGAGCAGGGCCGACCACCAGGCAGUUAUCACAGGUAUUCAGCCGUAUGAGUGCUACGAGGGAGCCGUGUCCGUCGUCUAUCAUGACAACUCAGUGAGCAGGAGCCCAUUUACAGGUGUCACCAUUUUGGAAUCAGCUCCGACAGCUGGGCCAUCAGUCGACGGAAAGGUUGAGGGAAAUAAAGUGACAGUGACCUGGAAAAAGAUUCCCAGAGGUCAGCGCGGGGGCUGCAUCACCCACUACACCAUCUAUCUAGAGGGCGACAGCCGAGACCUACGUACCUACGAUGUAAAAGCUUCGGAGAGGACACAUGUCGUCAAGGAUCUGCCUGGAACUGUCUACAAACUGUGGAUGACAGCUUCGACAGCUAAAGGUGAAGGCCAUGCAGGUCAAAAGGUCUACGUCCAGAUUGUCGGUGUUGCAGAGGACGUACAGCUGUCCCUGAUACUGGUGUGUGCAGGCGUGGUCGUCAUCGGGCUGUUGCUGGUGUGCCUGUACCAGACUAAAGCAGUAAAGCAGAGGGUCUGGGUGCUUUUUCAGUGCCUCAAGCUGGAUGAUGUGCCAGAUCCUGCAAACAGCAAAUGGGCUAAAGAGUGUACCCAGGAAAAGGGCAAGAUCAAGCUCCAGCUGCAGCCGAGUAACUCCACCAUCACCGAGGAGGAAGAAGAGCCCAUCCUGGUGGAUGUUGAGGAGCUGCCCAAGCAGAGCACGGACACCCACCGGCCCACAGACGUCUCCUCGCAGCUCCCUCCUCUGGCCAUCCUGAGCCCGUCGACGGAGCCGGCCUCGCUGCUCUACCCUCUGACCACUUACCUCAAGAGCUUCUCCCACGACUCCGACAGCUCCGACCACACGCAGACCUCUCUGGACACGAGCACGACCGUUGACUACAUCUCGUCACACGGGCAGGAAAAUAUAGACGAGGAGGAGGACGAAGAGGAGCCGUUCGAAGACAUGCUGGGUUUUUUCCCGACUCACAGCAUCGUCAUCGAUCAGCUGGCGUUUGGAGGGAAGUUGACUCUGGACGCUGUCAAAAUCGGCGGCAGUGAUUUUUUUUCAGGACAGCCAUUUUUAGAGGAAGAACACUACUAAACCAAAGGACACGAUGACUGGAGGUGGUGAGUGGAUUUUCUGUUUCACUUUUUUUUUGUUGGGUCACGCAUCUCACUGAGGUGUCCAUGAACUACCUCCUCCCUCACUGAAACCAGAACUGUAACAGACACAGCUCUCCCUCUGAAGUCCCCCAGAGCUGGAACACAAGACAGUAGGAAAAAAUUUUGCUUUUGUUUUCAUUUCAUGCAUUAUAUUUAUAUAUAUAUUUUUUGGUCUUCAGAGCAGCAUGGACACACUGAGACCAUGAACAAAAUGAUCAGAGUGAAGGCUGCGGGACAGAGCAUAUGAGAUGUACUCACCUCUGACGGUUUGAAUAAGGCAGAUGUUGACAGGUCCUUUCUCACAGCACACAUUUUGAAUGGUCACAGCAGGAAAAAACACAGGUGGCACUAACAACAUGUGUCAAGUGUCCCAGAGGGUUAUGACAGUGAGGCAGCAUGCACAAUCCAAGGACCCUGGAACUGAACUGGCUUCCCCCUGACUGAUACAUGUCAAAACGUCUCCUGCAAACGCAUCCUCUAUUCCUGCCUGGCAUUGUGGACCAUGCUGCAUGAUGACUGUGCCUUUACGCUACCUCAAUCUUGGCUCAUCUACAGCAGGACAAAAAUAAACGUCUCUCAGAUUUAUGAAUCUGAGCAGUAUUUCUAUUUCUUCUGUUUGAAAUAUGUGUUUCAAUUACUUCUUCAUAUUUGAUUUGCAUUUUCAAAAAUAUGAAAAAAAAAAAUGUCAUUUCUAACACGAUCCCUGAAAAUGGAGCAUUUUUGCAUUUUGUAAAUGUUCUUUUCCAGGAUUCAUAAAACAUAAACAGUCGGGUAGAUGGCCCGAGCAUGUAUGAAACCCGAGAAGGCUUUUCAUCGGAAAUGAAGGGUUUUGAUUUGAAAUGGAUACAGGAAGUGGCCUCAUUCAGCCCACUUUUUCUGACUAAUGGUGUUUCUCAGAACGCUUCUACAUACUAUACAAGAACUUUUGACAGUUUUGUGUGGAUACAGUUUCAUCCUACUUCAUCUUCUUCUUCUAGGAUUCAAACCCUCAACAGAGCCUUGUGUACAUGAUACAAAUCUUAAUGUUUUGUACAAAUUCAGAAUGCCUAAUCUAACAGAUUAUGUGUUUUCCUGUAAUUUUUAAUUUUAUUUUGAUGCACUUACUCGAGGAGUAUUGUAGUUACUUUCGUAUUUUCCCAUCUCGCGGGCAGGUAAUAUUAAGGACUUAUCAUUAUUUUGCUGAAGAUGGGAAUUAUGAUCAAUCAGUUGCAACUCUGUAGAUGUUUUAAAUGUACUGAAAUAAGACUACAGCCAUGCUAGCAGCUAUGUGAGUUUGUACCUAAGCGCAAAGGUGCUUUGAGCUAAACGCUAACAAUGGCUUGCUAUCACACCACAAUGAAAAAUGCUAACAUGCUAAUGUUUGCAGGUAUAAUAUUUAAGGUGCACUAUGGGUAGUGCAGUUUUGGAGUUUUCACAGCAGAAUAAACUGUCAUCAAAUGACAAGACGA